AUAAAUGUAAAAGUAAAACCAUAGAAGAAUAUGAAUUAGAUCUAAGGUAACCGGUCAUUAUACCUCACCCGCAAUUGACCCCACGGCAGCGCUCUUCUCACUUCUCAGUUAACGCUUAAAGCAGCCAUUGAAUACUCUCGAUCUCCUCUCCCUUCCAAAUCUAAAAAACUUCCCAUUUCUUUCGCUACCAUGACCGACUCCGAAACCAGUACUGCCACCACUGCGCCACCGCCGGAACACCAAUCAGCCCCUGUCGAGUCUCAGCCACAGCAAGAAGAGCCCAAGAAGCUCAGCAGCAGCGGUAUUUCGCUGAGCAUUUGGCCUCCGACUCAGCGCACUCGAGAUGCCGUCAUCACCCGUUUAAUCGAGACCUUAUCUACACCCUCUGUUCUCUCCAAGCGCUACGGUGCUAUACCCCACGAUGAGGCAGAGGCCGCUGCACGCCGAAUUGAGGACGAGGCCUUCUCCGUGGCUAACCGCGCUACUUCCGCCGAGGACGACGGCCUUGAGAUCCUCCAGCUUUAUUCCAAGGAGAUCAGCAGGCGCAUGCUAGAGACUGUCAAGGCUCGGCCCAAGUCUGAUUCUGCUGUGAAUAAUGGUGUCUCGGGGACGCCGAAUCCUGACGUGGUAUCGAUGGUGGCGCCCAGUGAGGAUAUAUCGAGUUCCAUUGGGACUGAGGCUUGAUCUUAUCAUGGUUCAUAUUCGUAUUUUUGAGGAUUUCUUUUUUCGUUUUUAAUUAUCUUGAGUACGUUUUGUACUAAAUUAUGGAUUUCCUUAACGAUUAUAUGAUAAUAAUUUUGUCACAUUAUCAUCGAGGGUUUUUUCCCCUAAUUACUGAUUCUUAUAUUACUGCGCGGAAUUGUUUCAA